UAGUUCAUGGACUCCUCGAUUAACGAGAUACGUCAAAUUGGUGUCAAGUUUUGGAUGAUAGUAUGUAGUAUAGAAAAGCUUGUUGUCUAUACAAGUAGAGAUUCUCGUUAAAACAUAUUUAAUAAAAAAAUAUUAUUAAUAAAAAGGAUAAAAAAUUAACGACAUGAAUCAUUCGAAGAAUGAUAAAUAUUUGUUAAAAACGUCAAGACAAUACAACGUUGUAUUUGUAUAGAAUAAGACGAGGUGUCUAAUAGGGUGAUGGUAAAGAGUUGAAAGGGGUGAAAGAGUAGAAGGAGAAGGUGGAGUUGGAGGAAGAGGUAGAGAAAGAAGAAGAAGAAGACGAGCAGUUGGAGGAAGAGGUGGAAGGGGAAAAGAAAAAGGAGGAGGAGCUUAUCUACAGUGCAGAUCGCGAGGGCGCGGGGCCGCGACCCUGAGCCCGAUACGCGCAAUAUUAUCCUGGACAGCGAACCUGUAAUAGUAGUGUAGUGUGGUAAAUGCAAUCGAAUGCAUUGGAGUAUUUAUCGACGAAAGUCUUAUUCGUUUUGAAUAAAAAGUGAGAUAUCAGGAUAGUUUAAUACGGUGCGAGAGAUAUUAAUGUGGUAAAAGGUCAAGAGUUCAUGAUCGGUUAAACGGAAAGGAACGAUGAUCUGGAUCUUAUGUAGAGUUUGAUGAUAAACCAUCUUACUUCGUUUUUUCUUUAAUAUCUCUGAAUAAAGAUUUCAAAUAUCAAAGCAUUUUUGUGUAUACAAGUAUAUAAGAAAUAUUUUUAUUAAGGUGUGUCGAAAGAAAGUGUUAGCAAAUAGUAAAAGUGUAUGCGACUGUGCGACGAGUGAUAGUUUUUUCCCUCCUCCCCACUCCUCCCCCUUACCACAUCUUAGAAUUAUCUUUUAGCCUUCUUUUUUUUCUAUUCUGUGAAAGUGUUACUUGUGCAUAAUCGUUUAUCGGACGACUCAAAAAUGCCGCUCUUUGGUAAGAAGGAUUCUAAUAAAAAAAUGAAGAAAGAUGGGAAAGACGAUAAAUCACCAUCCGUCGAAGAUAAAUAUAUUUUAAAGGAAUUGCUUGGAACGGGUGCUUUCUCCGAAGUAAGAUUAGCAGAAAGUAAAGAAAAACCUGGUCAAAUGUUCGCUGUCAAGAUUAUUGAUAAAAAGGCAUUGAAAGGAAAAGAAGAUUCUCUAGAAAAUGAAAUCAAAGUAUUAAGGAGGUUCAGUGAAAGAGUGACACCACAGAGUGGUGCUGGACUCCUCAAGUCGGAUAGUAGUGGCGAAACAGGAUGGUUAACACAUCCUAAUAUAGUACAGCUAUUGGAAACUUAUGAAGACAAGAUUAAAGUGUACUUAGUUAUGGAGUUAGUUACUGGCGGCGAGCUUUUUGACAGAAUAGUUGAGAAAGGUUCCUAUACAGAGAAAGAUGCCUCAGGUUUAAUAAGACAAGUCUUAGAAGCAGUUGAUUAUAUGCAUGAACAAGGUGUUGUUCAUAGAGAUCUUAAACCAGAAAAUCUCUUAUAUUAUAGUCCAGAUGAAGAUAGUAAGAUUAUGAUUAGUGAUUUUGGUUUAUCAAAAAUGGAAGAUUCAGGAAUAAUGGCUACUGCUUGUGGUACACCAGGAUAUGUUGCUCCUGAAGUACUUGCUCAGAAGCCAUAUGGUAAAGCAGUUGAUGUUUGGAGUAUAGGUGUCAUCUCGUAUAUUCUUUUAUGCGGAUACCCUCCAUUUUAUGAUGAAAAUGAUGCCAAUCUCUUUGCACAGAUUCUAAAAGGUGAAUUUGAAUUUGAUUCACCAUACUGGGACGAUAUCAGUGAUUCAGCUAAGGAUUUCAUACACAAGUUGAUGUGCGUCAAUGUUGAGCAACGCUAUACAUGCAAACAGGCCCUAGCACAUCCUUGGAUUUCUGGAAACGCAGCUAGCAAUAAAAAUAUCCAUGGCUCCGUAGGAAAGUCUCCCUCUUCUCUCAUGGUUCCAGCAAGCGUAUCAUGCAACCACGGUCAUACGUCAGAUGCAGAGACUGGCACUCAACAGCGGCCAGCAGCAACAGGGCCCAGGAUCAGGCCCUUGCAGCGGCAACCUCACGCCGUGUCCCGAUCAAUCGCAAACCAAUCCCAGCAACCAUCAGCACAGACCACUGGGACCUCCAAACAACCUCAAUUGAAGGAUAUUCUUGAGCCAUCAUUGUCCACACCAAACUUGGUGGCUUUGCCAACCUCUCCCAUUCCACUUACUCCUAGCUCUCCAUUAUACUUACGCAGUAAACGCUUUAAAUUAUGGGGCAGUACACGCACUGCUCUCUCUACUCUUUUUCGAGUGAAUGUCUCGUAUCUUAGGAAACAAAGGAAAUAUAAAAAAAGUUGAAUCUCAAUGCUAAACAUUCUCUAGAAGUUAAUGUCAAUGAAAUAUAACGCUUUGUAAUCAUUAUUUACAAGGUGUGAAAGAGCUACAUUACCUCAAGCUAAAAUGCUUUAUUACAAUUUCCUAUGACAUAGUGAAAUGCUGAUUAUGUAUAGUAUACAAAUUAAUGGAUUGCACGAUGAAUCACAGUUUUCACAUACUGUUUCUUGCCUUUUUAAAAACUGGGAUAAUUAUUUCCUUUUUUUUUUCGAUUUUUAAAAAUACUUGUAUAUAAAGAUUAAAUGCUAUUUGUGUUGAACAUUAUUAAAUGAUUUAAAUGAAA